UUUUGCAGGCGAUUCCUCCACCGACAAACCAACGAACAACUAAUUUGGUACAUCUCUCCGACAACCAUUUUUGCAGCUGACGAGGAGGCCUUCUCAACACAAUCCCGAUCAUGGCCUCCCCCUACCGAGAUCGGACGGUGGAGUUCCAAUCACUCUCCGAGACUCUGAAAAGGAUCGGAGGAAUCACAGCCGUUAAUCAACCCGAAAACUUCCCAUCCCCGUCGAAGCCUUCGGCGACUGCAUCUUCCAGAUCCGAAUUCAACAAGAAGGCCUCUCGGAUCGGUUUGGGGAUCCACGAAACCUCUCAGAAAAUCUCCAGGCUCGCCCAAUUGGCGAAAAGGUCAUCGAUGUUUGAUGAUCCGAUCAUGGAGAUACAGGAAUUAACUGUCUUGAUAAAGAAUGACAUAACAACGCUCAAUGUAGCUCUCACGGAUUUGCAGACCAUUCAAAAUAUGGAGAUUGCAGAUGGAAAUUACUCAGAGGACAAAGUUGUUCAUUCCACGGCUGUUUGUGAUGAUUUGAAGAGCAGGCUUAUGGGAGCUACCAAACAGCUUCAAGAUGUGUUGACUGCUAGAACAGAAAAUAUCAAGGCUCAUGAGAACAGGAAGCAGAUAUUUUCCACAAAUGCAUCAAGAGAAAAUCCUUUCAAAAAUCAGGCGAAAACUGUGAAUGAGCCUCUCCCUUGGUCAAGUUCGUCCAAUUCUCUUGGCAGCUCCCAGCCAUUGGCAUUGCCGUCUAAUGGAGUUCAAGUUGGUAACCAAUUGAGACGAAGAUUAGCCGCAGACAACCCUCCAUCCCAGCAGAUGGAAAUGUCCAUGCUACAACAGGUGGUUCCAAGGCAAGAAAACUACAUGCAAAGCAGGGCAGUUGCUCUUCACAAUGUGGAAUCUACAAUCUCCGAGCUCAGUGGGAUCUUUACGCAUUUGGCUACCAUGGUCGCACAACAAGGGGAACUAGCUAUCAGGAUUGAUGAUAACAUGGACGAGUCAUUGGCGAAUGUUGAAGGUGCACAUGGUGCUCUUCUGAGGCAUCUCCACCAAAUAUCAUCAAAUAGGUGGCUUCUGAUCAAAAUAUUCGCUAUUUUAAUUCUUUUCUUGAUCGUAUUCAUUGUUUUUGUGGCUUAAACUUCAGUAUUGAAACCAUCAAAAGAAAUUCUUGCUGCAAUACAAGUCCAGUCUGUAAUUGCUUGUUAGGUAGAGGAAACCUCAUUAUAAGGAGUAAUUUUGGCUCCCUUGUGUCACUCCCGUUUGUCUCCCUUUGACCUUGGCUUGUACAAGCUAUAGAUAUAGAUUAGAAGAGUAUGUUUAUAAACAUAUCGAUAUAGGAUACACAAGAGGUGAUCUAUUGUCUCUA